AUGGAGAAAACAUCUCUCAAACUUGUCUUCCUUUUGUGGUGCUGUAUUUGUGAAGGUUCGUCUUUGGUUGAUGCAAGAGAGAUGGCGAAGGAAGAAGUGAAUUACAUCGAUGGCAAAUGUCCUGAUGGAAAGAAGAACUGUAACUGCUUGCCGCCGGUAGCACCUGUAAUGGACUCUUACAAGAUUAAUGCGACUUGCCAUAGAGAUAUUGAAUGCAUCAAGUUCUGUCCUAAAGGCUGCAAGAUUGUUAACUUUAAAUUUGGUAACUGUUUCUGUGAAUGUUAAGAGAUAGAAAACCACAUUAUUUUCUGCUUUUGAGAUAGAGAGGAACAGCAGAUAUGAAAGUACACAUGUAAUAAUUCUUGAAGUCAAUUUAUGACGAAAUAGUUGAGUAGUACUAAA